AUGCAAGACAAUCCAAGGGCGAGCCAACCAUUGCUGCCGCAAAUUGCUUCAACUGAGACUGCCCCAGAGAGGGCUGAAGUUGACGACCGAUCCAUGAAAGAUGCUGCUUCGAUUCUUGAGUUCCUGGCUUGGGGUCGGAGGAAAGACCCCGAGUAUCAUCCAACUGUGUCACCUGAAGCAGCCAUUUUUGCCCCGGGAUCGGAGGGGCCCAGAAUCCCUGAAGGCGAAAGAGACACAGUCCUUGAUUUCAAUGAAUGUUCCCAGCUAGCCGUUGUCCAGCUUCUGCUACCGGACUCGCGGCAGGUGUGGGACUUGGUUCAGUACCAUACCGAGAGCCUCUUGUGGUACCAUAACUCGAUUUUCGCAUCGACAUUCCGGACGCAGCUUGCUGCAUUUUACUCGGAGCAUAACGGCAUAAUCGAGAGCGAAGGAGUUGAUCUCCAAUGGGUUUCGCUUCUCUUCUCUGUCUUGACUGCAAGCUUGGUAUGUGCGCCGUCACGACGAGCGCAUGCCUGGGGCUUUCAGGACAGCGAGCGUGAAACCCUCUCUAGGCGCUGGUUAGAAGCAAUGAUCGCCAUCGCAACUGCUACGAUAUCAGCCCAUCCUUUGGGUCACAGCAACUCCCAGAGCAUACACCUCGCUGCGGCUGUCCGCAUUGCACAAUCUCUUGGCUUGCAUAGACUAAAGUACGAUGUUGCUGAAAGCAGUGUGGAAAAAGAAACAGGAAGGCGUGUUUGGUGCCAGCUUUGCAGCCAAGAUUGGUUCGGCAUCCCCUUCUCAGAGAGCUAUCUCAUCAGUCCGCUGUAUUCGACCUCGGAGCCUCCUCAGAACUGCCACGAUCAUGACCUUUCGCCCCUACCAAAAGAUGUUCCGACGAUAACGAGCUACUGUCGUUUUCUUUUGGAGAUUGCCGAAAUCAUGCCGAAACUACAAGAUGGGCUUAUGACCAACAAUACGGCAUACACACGCUAUAAACAAGUACUAACGUGGGACGCUCGUCUACGCACACUUGCCAGAGUGGAGCGUCCAGCUUUUCUUACAAACACUCCUAUCGAAGCGGACUGGCCUAUAUGGGUUCCUUGGGCCCGGCGAACUUUGGCCAUCAGCUCCAGUCAUAAGAUCAUCAUGAUUCACCGCUCGUUCUUGUCUGACAGCUUCACGAACCCGGCAUUCUCGUUUACCAGGUUGACCUGCCUCGCGGCAUCCAAAACCAUAAUCAAGGAAUACAAUUUUGUAUCCCAGGAGGAUGGACCUGUUCUUUGGGUACAUCAAGCAUUUGCGGUAGCCGCUUCCAUAAUCCUUUUGCUGGACGUACUGCAUCGGGCACCAGGGGAGGCAGAGCACGUUGAACAUCGUCAGCUGGCCGAGAGCGUCAUCGGCAUCCUGAAGUCAUAUGGCAACAGCACCAUCGCCGCAAGGGGAAUCAAAUUGCUUCAAGCCCUGAUCUUAGAAGUUUCUAAUGCCACGAGCUUGAGGCCGAUACCGUUGCAGAACAGAAAGCGCCCGAGGGAAGACAACGGUCCUUGCACGACAAGGGGGAAACACACAGGAAACUUUGAUGUGCACAGCUUCGUCAAGAGAUUUUGCGAAGCUAACACGAGCGACCAAUAUCGGGAGUCUGAGAACGACCGUGCAACGCCUAGACCCAGAGAGCCUCCUGUUGAAGCUGCUGUGUCGAACACGGUUCCAACUCGCCACGGAGAGACUCAUAGUCAUGGAUCGGACAUGUCGGAUCCAGGCCGAGCUGACGUCGCAUUCUCUUUUCCUUUCGGUGGCUUGGAUAGUGGAAACAACUUUGAGAACCUCCUGUAUCUAGCAAACUACGAUUGCUUUCCUUGA